ACAACUAAGUUCUAUGCUCAACCGCCAUGAAAUGAUGUUAGGCUCAGUCGCUCAAUCCAAAAACGCACUGAAACUGUGAAUCAAUUAUCACCAUCGCAGAUCAUCCUUAAGACCGUCUUCUCUCCUCAGAUCAACAAUAUGCUGCCCGCUAAGGUAAUGCAAACUUCUGGUUCCUUACCCACAGCUCGCCUUUAUUCCAUGUCCAUAUCGGACGGACGCCCUAGUCAUCCUUCUGAAAUGGCCCAAGGGCCCGGUUUUCACAGGCGCGAUUUUGUUCGGCGGAAACCUGAACAACAGCUAGCUGAUUUAAAAGACCUACACGCUUCGAAUGACCUAGUGACAUUAAAAUCCCUACUUCGAGUGACAAAGAUCACUUUGGACCCAGAAUUGACCAAGCUACUAUUAGAUGAGGCCGUGCGUCGUCGUGAUGAAGAUCUAGCCUGCCUCACCAUUUCAAAAGGCAAGAAUGCGGACAGCACCGUUAGCCUGGUUCUUACAGUCAAUCGACAACAAGACAUGAUUGAUUAUUUCCUCGCCCUUGGAGCAGACAUCAAAUUGGAUGACCACAAGGGAGAACCAUCUAGUCUGAGAAUAGCAUGCGAUUACCGAGACAUCGAGCUUAUCAAGCUACUCCUUAACCACGACGAGAUGAAAUGGAUAGUCCUUCUGCAGCAGCUUUUACGGAAAUUACAGCAUUGUUACCGACCUACAGGAACGCCAACAGCUUCAAACAAUGAAGGAUACGGCGGAUUACUACGGACCUUGUUGCAUAUAGCCGUUACACGGCAUAUGGCCGAACGCGAAGAAUCCUUCAAGAAAAUUGUCCAGUGGCUCAUAGAUAACGGAUGCCACCCUUUGGCCACCAACAAUGCUGGAUUGACUCCAUAUCAGUAUGGCCGAACGCAAAGAAUCCUUCAAGAAAAUUACCCAGUGGCUCAUAGAUAA